UUUUUCUUUUUUUUGCUCAUUUUCUGUAUUUUGGACUUAGUGAAGUAGUUUGAUAUUUUUUUUGUCUUUAUGAAGAGCUGGAAGAAGCAAAACUAGUAUGUAAUUUGACAUUUUAAUGGACGUGUUAAACUCAUGGACAGUUUGGUUUUAGUGAGUCAGGAUGACAUCAUCAGAAGGUCACAUGACAUCUACCUGACAGGUGAGGACAGAGGUCUCACUCUGCUCUGUUUCUGGUUCCAGAGAUUCAGUGGAAAUAUUCAGCUCAGGUUUAGUGAAGUAGUAAAACUCAGCAGCAGGAGUAUUUCUGUUCAUGUAGUUUUAAUCAGCUGGUUUUUGUGUUUCUGGAAUAAAAUAAAUGUUAGAAGAACGAAAUAGUCGUAAUGACAAAAAAAAAAGAUUUGCAGCUCAAACAGCAGAAUAUGAAGGUUAAAACCCAAAAAUAUUAAAUACCUGCAAGAUUCUCUGAAACAUCGUCCAUCUAAGGCUCUACUGUAUAAUUUAAUCUUUUUAAUUUUACUGUAUUAUUUAUGUAGUUUUACAUACAUUUUUUAUAACAAUAAUUUCCAUCCAUUCUCUAUCCACCGCUUUAUCCUCUCUAGGGUCAUGGGGGGUGCUGGAGUCUAUCCCAGCUGACUGAAGGCAGGGACACCCUGGACAGGUCACCAGUCUGUCACAGGGCUACAUAUACAGACACACAAUCACACUCACAUUCACACCUACGGACAAUUUAGAGUAACCAAUUAACCUCAGCAUGUUUUUGGACUGUGGGAGGAAGCCGGAGUACCCGGAGAAAACCCACGCAUGCACAGGGAGAACAUGCAAACUCCAUGCAGGAAGAUCCCAGGCCGGGAUUUGAACCGGGGAUCUUCUUGCUGCAAGGCGAAAAUGCUAACCACUACCCACUGUGCAGCCCCGAUAACAAUAAUUUACCUGAUUUAUUUAAAUACAAACACCAGAAUAUUAAUAAAUAUAUCUGACCAAUUUAAAUGCUAAAGUUCCAACCAGCAGUAAAAUACGAACUAAUUCAUGUGAACAAACUAAUAUUUAAUAUUAAAAUAAUUCUCAGCUUUUAGGAUUUAACUGUUGAAGAAAAACUUCAGGAUCUGCAGCAGAGUGACACCUCCUGCAGGUAAGAGGCUGCAGGUCCGGGUUAGGCCACGCCCCUGCCUCCAACCUGUCCACCAGCUCUCACCUGUCGACUAACCUGUCCACGAUGAGCCUUCCAGAACAAACACCUGAGAAGAUGAUUUCUUCUGCAGCUCUGUUCUCUCCUGUGGUCCAGCUGAACGUCGGAGGUCACCUGUUCAGCUCCACAUUGAACACGCUCAGAAGUCACCCUGACUCCAAGCUGGCCGAGAUGUUUAACGGACAGAACAAACCGAGAACCGACGCUCAGGGACGCUUCUUCAUCGACCGCGACGGAUCACACUUCGGAGCUCUGCUGGAGUUCAUGAGAUCAGAGACGGUUCCAACGGAGAACAUCCACGAGGUCCACCGGGAGGCGCUCUACUACAACAUCACUGCUCUGAUCAAACGUCUGGAGGAAACUCCUCAGCUGUUUGGAGAGCUGGUGGGUCGGCAGCAGUUCCUGUCCAGAGUCCCACAUUACAAAGAGAACAUUGAGGUUCUGAUCCGGAUUGCCCGAGCUGAGGCCGUCGCCGCCCGUCGCUCCACCAUCAUGAUCUGCGUUCUGCCCUCCAAGGACGAUGUUGGUUGCUAUGACGACGCCAUCAGCAGCCUGGAGGCGGACAAGGAGUCGGUGGUGACGUUCGGUCCGUGGACGGCGUCUCCGUCGGCCCGAGACCUGCUGGACUGUGUGAAGAUGGACAUCGAGAGUCGAGGCUACCGGGUGGAGAUCCAGCCUCACGUCAUGGAGAGGAGCUUCAUGUCCCGAAACUACGACUACUUCUAUAGGCUCACCUUCAGCUGGUGGUAGCAUCUCCACCUUCAGCUGGUGGUGAUGCUAACAUCUAUGAACUCACCUGGUGGUGAUGCCUCCACAGUGAACAGGUACAGAUGAUUAAAAACGUGUCCUGAGCAACUCAAACUUUGUCCAACGUGACUUUUGUCCAAAAUGAAGAAAAAUCCUGAAAAUCUGUUGAAGUCACUCAGAACUGUCCAAAAUGACACAUUCCUACAAUUCUUCAGAUGUUUUUUUCUUUCAAACAACUUAAACCAUCAUCAAGUCCUGGUGUCAGACAGAACCAUGUGGAUCCAUGAGGAACUAGAAAAGCACUCGGAGAGUGCAGACUUCCGCCAGGCUAUCUGUCUGUCUCUCAAUUGUACAGAGUCCUUCAAAAAAAUCCUGGAUCCAGACGGUGAUCUGGAUCACCUCCAAAAUCUAAUUGAUUGUUACUUUUGCUCUUCCGGACAUUCAGUAAAAUUUUGGUGAAAAUCCGUCCAUAACUUUUUGAGUUAUGCUGUUAACAGACAAACAGACAAACUCCGGUGAUUACACACGUGGACAAAAUUGUUGGUACCCCUCAGUUAAAGA